CCCCUUUGCCGCUCGCCUCCCCUUCCCCCCUGCCGCUGAGGCGUGUCACUGGUCAUGACCACCGUGCGGCAGAUGUCCCCGCAGGAGACGUCCCAGUGGUGUUCAUCAUUGGCCGCGAAUGGCGUGAAGGGCCAGAUCCUGCGUGACCUCCAGGACAGGAUCCUUCGGAUGGGCAUCGACGGGUGCAGCUUUGACCGGAUGCUGAAGUCCAACGCUCUGAUGGAGCUCGGCGUGGACGAGCUCAACCCGCGCAUGGCCCUGUCGAUCAGGCGGACCUGGAACGCCGACUUCGCGAACGUCACGUUCGUGGACUGCUCCCAGGGGGGCGCGGCGCACUCCGCUCCACCUGCCGCAGGGCAGCGCGUCCAGGCGACGCCGCCGCCCGGGCAGCGAGGGCCGCCACCUCCGAUGCAGGACUUCCAGCAGCACCAGGCCCAGCAGCCCGGCGGCCCCUGGAGCUCGGCGUCCCAGGCGGGCACUCCCAGCGGCGGGCAGUGGCAAGGCCACGGCUUCCCGCAGGGCUCCCCCAGCGGGAGGCCGCCAUCGCAGCCAGGGCAGUACGGGGGCCGCCAGCAAUUCGAGGACCUGGCGGCGCAGCACGCCGUGGGCGACCACAGGG